AUUGGAGCAGCCACAAGCGACUAUAUACACGUAGAAAGCGAUUCUAUCCGUUCUUCUGGCUCUUUUGAGAAUGUCAAAAAGUGUAUUCAUUAUUUUACAAGCAUACAUAGCAGCAUGAUGCCUUGCUUCCUUCUUUUAUUUGUCAAGGUGCAAAAGACAAGGUGCACCUGGUAUUCUCCCCAUUGAUAAACCAUCAAGUAAAAGUGUUGCGGAAAAAACGAAGUGUUCUCAAUUGAGCGAAAGGCCAAGAGAGCGGCGAAUAGUGUACGAGUCUCUUAAAAAUAAAUACUUGUACAAUUGCAAUCAUUCCGUUGCGCCAGAACACGUUUCCACUCACGUGUGGUGAGGCAAUAAUCUAGCAGUUUUCGUAGCAAUGUGGGACUGCAACUAGUACGCCUGCAAAUGCGGCGGCGACUGGGUGCCAAGUUCUAUAAAUACAACCUUACAUCUAGCUAAUUAAAUUAGCAAUGAAUUCGUGUUUUCAUUCAAUAGUAUGGCUAGCGGGCAAACGCAUCUUCAAUUUGAUAACGCUGGCCGACAGCAAAUCUCACCGCUAAUGAGCAAUUAGUCGAACAUGUCAUAGCAACAUGUGAAUGGCAAAUGACACACGCAGUGUCGCCAUUUUAUUCCAGCUUGUACUUUGAAUUAUCGCCAUCUUUCGAUAUCGAUAAAUCAGUGUAGUGUGUGCUAUGGAUGUGCAAUUCACUCUGGCAUAACACUAGCUCAAGCAGUGCGCGACAAAGCAGUGAAAAUUAAUAAACAAGCAGUUCGAGCUGGAGCGCUAACGAAAGAAAAAUACCAGGGAGCUAUGGCUUGAGUUCCAGCGCUGAAGUAAAAUUUGAAGGAUCAUUGGAUCUGGACUAUUUCGUUACGGAAUAUUUGUAACCUACUAAAUUCUUUGUUGUUAUUUCACUCAAUAAAUGCGUUUAAUAAAACCAAUAAAUUCUGACUCAUUCGAUUUUCAUUAGAAUUGCUUUUAUUAUUAAAUAUUAUUUAUUUCACGUAUGUAUGAAGAAUGUAUGAUAUUCUAUGGUAGAUCUUAAACACUCCACCAGAAGUGGACACAGCUUGUCCAUACAGAAGGUCACUUGCGACACGUGGUGUUGAUUUUUCGCUACUAGUAGGAAUUUAGUUACGAAGCACAUUAUUCAGCCUAUAAUCAAUAAAUCUGGAAAUUGGCUAUUUUGCUUUAUAGUUGAUUAUAUAGUAGAUUGUAAUCUAAUCAAUUUCAUAAUAUCUAAUAAUAAUAAUAUGCUGCGCUCGUUUCACUGAUAAUGAGCAUGGCUAAUUUGAUAAAUUAACCACACAAAUGGCAAAGCUGAUUAGUUCACGCCGGGAACCAACUUGACAAGUUGACACGCGCAUUAGUUUUUAAUUGAUACAAACAAGAAUGAACAUGUUUAAAUCAAAAUCCUUUGAUCUGAACAAUGAGGAAAACACAAAACGAACGGAGCAUCUCUAUCAACCUCGUCGCAUACGUUGGAUGAAGUAUAUUGUGAUUCCAUUGACCAUAGCCUUUGUUCUGCUCUUGAUCGUCUGCAACAUAGACUUUUCGUCUGAGCAAUCACAAACAAAUACCAGCCUUGUGGAGUCUGCCAAAUGGUGCACAGCUGAUAAUAGUUGCGAUAAAAACGUGAGCAAUUUACUAAUGAAUACAAAUUGGAAGGAUUCUCUCCUGCUUCGACUUGAAAACUACAACUUUCCAGAAGGAAUUAUUUCCAGCGAGGUUUUGACAAAAGAAUACAGCUUACAGAGCUUAGAGGUUAUCAAUUGCUCCGUAAACUAUAUUAUGGAUGAUGUAUUCAAUCAACCCAAUCUACGCAGCCUGCUUGAGCUGGAGCUAGUUAACACGGAACUCAAAAAUUUAACAAAAAGCACAUUUCAAGGACUUGAAGAGCUUCGCAAUUUUACGUUAAUCAAUGUGAGGACAUCAAUGCAUUGCGAAAGUUUCAUGACGCCCCUCGCCAACAAUCUCACUGCAGCAACAAUUCACCAGCUGUACAGUGGUCAUUCGAUUUACAAACCAAGCGACUUCUUUGGUAUUGCAAUCUACACCAGUUUAAAAAGCUUGGAUCUUAAAGGAAAUAAUUUCGGGGAAAUACUGGAAACUGGUUGGUUUAAUAAUAUGCCAGCUCUUAAAUCAUUAAGCUUAGCUGAUUGUCGAUUUAACAGCAUUGAUUUCGACAUAAACACAAACAGCUUUGGAAGACUAAAGUUCUUAGAUCUCAGUGGAAACCAACUGCUUAGACUAAACGCUCAGAUUGUAACGAAUCCGAUGGACAAAAUUCUUCACUUGAAGCUAGCCAAAUACAGUAAGACAGCGACAACACUGCCAGCAAGCACUAUAGCUGUUGCAAAACGUGCUAUUUUUGAGGAUUCUGUAACAAGUGCUUUUGAUGAAGACACACCUAAAUUUCAGAGCAAGAGCACUUCAGGCUCAACUGUGGCCCUCGACACUACAACAGUGACUGCUGCGCCGCCUUCAUCAGACAAUAUGGAUAUCAAGUGCUUGAACACCGCUAAAGAUACCGUUAGCAACUUGUCGAUGAGCUGCAAUGCAGCAAUAACAAUUGUGGAUCAAGCUGAGACUACAAUUAACAUUAUUCUAACCCAAGUUGACUUUGAAGAUUGGGCUUUGGUUUACUUCUCCGAUGAGAAUGACAUCAAUUGUGUGGAGAAGGAAGACAAGAGUGUGCAAUUCACCGACAAUAUAUCGAUAACAGUGAACGAUCUGAGCUGCGCCACAUCCUACGUCAUCUGUUUGCUGCAAGACAACAAAACAUCGCCACUUAAUUGUCUAUCACAUCAUACGCUGCACUGCACAACGGUUGUGUCGAGAUCAUCCUGGUUUGAGGAGAACAGUGUGCUCAUUAUAAGUCUGGGCACUGUGGGAAUUUUGCUGUUUGUGGCACUCGGCGGAGGCGCCACAUACGCCAUUCUGUGGCAUCGUCCGAGUUGGCUGUGUGGCAGCAAUCGCUUGAAGCGUGCGGCGCGGGAUUCACUCACAAUGCUGCUGCUGCCGCAGAACUAUGAACAAAAUAUAUACAGUGCGAUAAGAAAGGAGAAUGACGGCGAUGCGAUUGGCGAUUACAUGACGUACUACCGCCAUUUGGAGCAGACGAAUCUCUACCAAACCGAGUCCAAUAAAUACAAUGUUCCGCCCCAAGAAAGCGCUCCCCCCGCCCCCAAUCCAAAAGGUCACACCUACGCAAGUUUUGAUUUAUACGAGGAACUAAUUUGA